AUGCUCUCAUGUGAAUCCUGGCCACAUUUUUACCCUGAAGACUACAAAAUUAACUUCCGAGACCACCUUGACGUGUUUUCUUCACCUCAGAGCGUGUUUGCGUAUUUUUUGCAGCAUGCACCUUUUAGGGUGGAGCUUCUUGUUAAUGUGGAAGAAAAACUAAAUUCUUUUAUAACCAUUUUGGAACCAUAUUUUUCACAUAUCUUGACCGACGAAUCCAGACCAUCUAAAAUCAAAACACAUCUUUUCUAUGUACCAUCAGAAGAUUUUCUGAAACAAAUCCGAAAUUCUGAUGCAUUGAAAGCGCACAGCAGCAGAAAACCUGCAAAAAUGAAGACUUUGGAGGAAUCCUUGGUGGUCAGUGUAAUGAAGAAUGUUGAGUCUUGCAGUUUCCCAGGCUUCAAAUUAAAUGAAUUCACUGAACUGGCUGGUAAUCUUGACGCUGUACAGAUGCUGUGCUGGAUUAUAAAAGCCCAGAAUCGUUCAUUUCCCAGAAUCUGGAGGACGUUGUUCUUCUCCGAGGCAUCUGCUGCCAUCUUCAAGAUGCUUUUUGGUGGUUUUUCCUUUCCAAGUAUAAGGUACAGUAACUCAGAAAUACUCGUUGAUGAUAAUCAGAGGGAAACGGUGAUUUCAAAUAAUUUUGGGUCAAUUUUUGUGGGAGAAUACUUUACGUAUAAAUAUUGA